UCAGCAAUAUCAGAGAUUAAGAAUUUAUUUCAUUUGAAAGGCCAGCAUUUAUUUAUAUCUUAGAACAAAGUGAAUGAAAUUGGAUGUAUAUUUCAACAGUCGCGUAUGCCUGGCGAGGACAGCUCCACAACUUCUCUGUGAAGCUUGUUCGAAGAAAAAACAACUUAACGCGCGCAAAUAAUAAAUUGAUACAUGAGCAUGCGCGCGUUUUAGAACAAAUUGCAAAAGUGGUCCCUUGAUUACAAGCCGUUGUGUCUAAUUAUGGUGGACAAGGGUCCUUUACUGACCUCCGCUAUCAUUUUUUACCUGUCCAUUGGGGCAGCGAUUUUUCAAGUUCUUGAGGAACCGAACUGGAAACUUGCAGUGAAACAAUAUAACGAUGAGAAGGAGAGAAUAUUAAAAGAAUAUCCGUGUCUUAAAAAAGAUGAUUUGAACAGGAUCUUGGAGGUGGUGUCUGAAGCUGCAGGACAAGGUGUCACUAUAACAGGUGAAAAAACAUUCAACAACUGGAACUGGCCGAACGCCGUCAUCUUUGCUGCCACUGUCAUCACAACCAUAGGAUAUGGGAAUAUUGCCCCUAAAACAUCACAGGGAAGAAUCUUCUGUAUUUUUUAUGGACUUUUUGGUGUGCCACUUUGUUUCACCUGGAUCAGUGAACUGGGCAAGUUUUUUGGUGGAAGAGCGAAACACCUUGGCCAGUAUCUGAUCAAAAGAGGGAUUUCACUGCGAAAAACUCAGUUCACCUGUACAGCCAUCUUCCUGCUAUGGGGGGUGCUAAUCCAUUUAGUCAUCCCCCCAUUUGUAUUCAUGUCCCAAGAGGGCUGGACCUAUGUAGAGGGAUUAUAUUUCUCCUUUGUCACCCUGACGACGAUUGGCUUUGGUGACCUUGUUGCUGGUGUUGACCCAAAUGCAAACUACCCUACUCUGUAUCGCUACUUUGUGGAGGUUUGGAUCUACCUGGGUUUGGCGUGGCUCUCUCUGUUUUUUAACUGGAAGGUGCGUAUGGUGGUGGAGGCCCACAAAGCACUGAAGAAGCGACGAAAGCGACGUAAACUUUCCCUUGAUGAAUUACGGCACUACAAAGAGAACCAUAAGGCCUCCUUACGUCUGCCCCCAACUGCCAACGAGGCUAAUAUCUUUAGCUUCCUGUCCAAGAGACAAGAGGGCUACAAUGACCUCAUCAAACAGAUCGGUUCUAAGAAAGAGGGUGUAGCUCCUGACAAUACAAAGAAGCCCAAAGAGACCAUCCGGUCACAGAGUUGCAGUGACACUCUAGCCAUCAAUGGAAACACUAUCCUCAGUCUUGAGCGGUCACCACGACAUAAGCGUCGCUACAGUUUUAGUGACCGUGUAACAGUGGCCUUUUCAAAAUCUAAGAACUACCUACUUGGACAAGAGGAUGGACUCCUGUUGACCGAGAUGCCAGGUGAAGGGGCACUGGACCAAGACCAGCACAGGAUGUAUGAGAAUCAGCUGGACAAGGAAGCCGAGGAAGUGCUUGGAGAUCUUGGACCAGGCAGCUGUGGUGGCUCCCGCCGUAUGUGGGACUCCAAAGAGUACCAGCCUCUUACCUUCCAGAAUGCUAACAUCACAUUCAUCGAUGAGGAGAACCUGCUGAGCAGCAAUAUCGAAGAGGACGACAACGAAGACAUGAAGACCAAGCUCUCAACUACUUCAGAUGAGAAUGUUGAGUCAGAGACUGACUCUAAGGAGGAGCAGUGCUCAGAAUCGGAGGGUUCGGUUUUCACGACAGAUGGAUCCGACCACUGUCACUCCUACGAGCAGCUGGUUGAGGAGUACUCAAAGGAGAGUAACACUGAAUCCUGAGGCCUCCCUCCUUGGAAUAUAUGCCUUAAAUGAAGGUAAUGGAUUAAAACUUUAAACCCUCAAUGAGGUUUUUUUUUAAAUUUCAUUUCAUGAUUCCUUGUGAAGUUGAACAACGAAAUGUGCUCUAGAGGAUCAUGCAUACUUAAAUUUGCACAAUUCUCAAGUGAACUUAAGGAUUUUAAUGGUUCAUACAUUCUCUGAAAGUAUCUCCAUGUGAAUCUAAUCCCAGAAUGUGUGUGUAAAUAGCAGAUGGAAACUGUGAAAUGACUCCUCACCAGAUAUUGUGCCAGUAAUGGAGAAAUGAAAGUGCUGGACACAGCAACACAUAUGGCACAACAUAAAAAUGAAGUCGUUUCUUCAGAUGACAAACACUGACUAAAUGAAGUACUCAAAUAUACUGAUUUGCCAAAGGAAUUACACAAAUAAAAAGCUUCUGCUGUAGGGGUUUUUGUAAAUUGGUUAAAUAGCAAUUAUCUUUCAAGUCUUCCAUUCUCUUUAUAAUCAUCUGCAUUAUGUGUUAUUUAUUAGUUGAAAAAAAGAAACUUCUGGAUAAAUUGUAAACUGCUGAAUCAGUUUUGAUGAAAAUCCUAUCCUCUGCUACCUGGUUCACAGGAAAUGAUGUUAGGAAAAUAUUAUUUCUUUUAAGAGAGCAUGCUAGCCCUCUGAAUGCAUUUUCACCACAUUGGUGUGUUUACCUUAACACAAUGAAGGAAGAGUUCACAGGUCGCCAACAUGGCUUCAUCCCCUCUAAUCCAUGGAACCACUCUAUAAUUUUCCUGAGAAUAUAAUGUAGUCUCUGUAUAUUCUGGGUCACUGUAUUGUUUUGAAAAGGUUAACCAUGUUGUUAAAAUAUGUUUAUCUGAUCUUUUUAGCAGUUUAUUUUGACAAAGACAAGGUUGGUGCACCGUGGUGUUUAGCAUGCUAAUAAUUAGCUCUUCACAUUUUGUUACCAACAUAAAAGAAUGGUCUUUAAUAACGUUUGUAUUGAAGUGAGCAGGAGUCAUGCCUUUUUUAAAAUCACAUCACAAUUUUGGCUUUUCAUAACAUGGAACAGCCACAAAUGAGGCUUUUAAAAUAUAUUUAAGUGUCUGAAAAUGAGGAUUUCUUUGGCAUUUUAAUAGAACAUUUUUUUAAUUAGGUAAACUUUGGUGUUGGCACCUCAUGGCAACUUCUAAAACUCCUUAAAAGUGUCAGCAAAAUUUUAAAUAGUAAAACUGCAUCUUUAUAAAUUUUCUUGUAUUCACAGUUAUCUUGAAGGCACUUUUUUUAACCCUUCUUUAUAAAGCCAGCAUAUGUUUAAACUCACAAAAUCAGCUCUUAUGAUCUUUCCAACCCACAGCAUUAUAGCCUCUUCAGACAAACGAACCCCCGUAGUUAUUUAUCAAUGUCAUCACACAGUUCUUUUGCUACUGGUUUGUCAAGACUUAUUGGAAAACAAAUGUAAAACUUGUAUUGCUUUAUACUUAGUGAUGAACAAUAAACUUUUUUGAUACUAGCCAUGUUUUCUAAAGAAUCUGAAUUUUACAAAAGUGCGUUAAAUUUGUAAUUUUUUUUUUAAACUAUGGCAAGUGGUAAAGCUACUUUGAUCAUUUACCUACAUUCCUGAUUAGUCUUGGAAAGCCAUGUCUAUUUGUAACAGAAAUGAGAGCGCGAAAUGAGGUUUUUCACUGUAUUUACACAGAUAGCCUUAAAUUCUGUUUGUGCACUGUUGCUGACUAUUGACAGUUUUGUUUAGGUUUUUUUUUUUCUGUACGCUGAACAAUGUCUUUGAGAAAAUGAUAGCUUCCUGUCUUCUCUUGCCACUGCACUGUCACAGUCAGUGUAUUCACACACUGUCCUCUUGCAUCAGGCCUGUUUCCUGAAUGUGUCACAUGCCCCUGAUGGCAUUUCAGUGUUUGGCACAUCCUCUCUGGGUGUUUUUUCCCCCCUUUUUCAUGCCCUGUCCCUACAUUAUAAGAGUAAACAUCACGUCUCUUCAUCACAUUAAUGGAAGCCCAAAGCUUUUUUCCAUCUUCCACAGAUUUCUUACAGCCUACUGUCAUCAUAUCAGUACUGUCUCAGUGAUUUGCCAGCCAAUAAUCAAUAAGCUUUUACAGCUAAUCAGGCACAUAAGAGACAGAAAUCAGUCAAUAUUCUGAAUGAGAAUUUUAUUUUGAAAUAAGUUUGGUACAACUUUCUCUAAAAAUUUGUUGAAUGGUGGGCCUCAAUGUUGGGUGAUGUUUCUGUGUGAAGGCAAAAUCCCACUAAAAUCUCGUUCCACUUUCACAAUGGCUAGUCUCCCAUAGAGUACCUCCCAUGUAAAUAUCGGAAAGGUGCCCAACAGUAGACGUCACAUGUACACUGCCAUGAGGCCAUAGCCUUGUAGUCUGUGUUUACUUAUUUGGCUCCUUAGACACAUACAUGGCCAAAAGCAGACUUCACCUUUGUGAACAAGGUAAAUGUAAGACUGCUUCCUGAAUGUAAACUCUGUAUCUGUAAGAAAUCAUGCUACUGUUUUGUUUUUUUUUUCUUUUUACAUCCUGUCUGAUGAUUCAUUCUGAAGGGAUAUCGUUUUGUUUCUUUUGUUAGCAUUGAACUGUGUAAUGUGAAAGGCCCACAUGGACAGCUGUGAAACGAUGUUUGAUCUUGUGGAAACUUGGGCUGUUUCUAUGCCGAGAAAUCAGUAGGCUUCCGCAUAUGAACGCACAAGUUCACAGAAUAUGUGUCAAUUCUUUCUACGUCUCUCUGAUGAAAUGCCUCUAAUUGAUGCAUUGCCAAAUUCCGCCUUUGUUUCUAGAGGCCACUACUGAUUUAAAUGAAAGUUUUGCAGUAUAGUUGUUUAGCAUGUUGUCAUAGUACAAUCUGAUCUGGCCCCUAUAGUGUGGAUAUAUGACCUUGUGCAAUAACACUGCAGACUUGGCAAACUAACUGAGCACUACACAAAAGGAUGAAUUCAUUACUCCAGGAAGGUUUUACAAAAAGUGCGUCCAACAAAGGUUAUCUCUGUAUGUCCCUUGUUUUUCUGCUUUUAACAUAGACUGUAGUGAUGUGGUACUACUUUCUACACAACUUCACCAAAAUAUUUUGUUUGUUUGUUUAUUUACAUGUUUGUCAUGCUUUUAAACUGUAUACAUCCAUGGUCUCCCUUCUCACUUCUCUGUUAAAGAUCGUCCUCAUUAUUCAGGACAGUGGAUAUCAGUACUCCUUGUUUAUCUGCUGCCAAGGUACCUUUCUUGGUUCUAAAGAAAUUGAGAACAAUAGUCAUGACCUGAAAAUGAACAGGGUUGGUUUGAUGGUGUUAAAGUUUCCCUGCUUAUGUAAACGUCACUCCAGCAUAUUUUUUUUAUUGUUAAAUUAUUUUGUUCCACUGAUAUUGUAUAAUAUGGAAAAGUCAUUAAUAUUCACACUUACUUCAUUGUGAAA